AUGCAUUUUUGGAUCGAUAAGCGCUCACAACAAUGUGGCUUUGGAAGAUCACGUGUUGCGGCCUCACUCUCAGGUGCUGGAGGGUCUGGUCUCAGUUUUGGACAUCCACCACGACGCAUAAGCAGCGGCAGUGGCAGUAAAUCGAGCAGUAGAAGCGCACUGCCAGACUGCCAUCACAGCAAUGUGGCUGGCAGCAGCGGCAGCCGUAGUCACCAAUAUCAACAUCUACAUCAGCAUCAACAGCUACAACAACAACAACAUCAACAACAUCAACUGCAGCAAGCAAGUAAUAACAAUAAUUUCAAUGGUGGCAACAAUUGCCAGCAAUCACAUACGCACAGUAGCAACAAUAGCAAUUAUACUCAAAGUAACAGCAACACCGCCAAUAUCACCGCCAACGCUGCCAACACUGGCGCUUCUAUACAAUCCACCACCGCCUCGGUGACGCUCAACAACAAUCCCCACCAGUAUGGUUACCAGCAGACGCAACAUCAUACCAGCGGUAGCGGCUCAAUGCUGAGCCACCACAUGCCUGCUAAUAGCAAUAUAACGAACAACAACAAUGCCACCACAUCUACGUCCACGGCUACAGCAGCCGAUGCGCGCGGUGUUACGCCCGUAGCGCAAAAUUUUAAUCAACGUGGCGCUGCAUUAUUGCAAAACACUGUUGGCACACCAAAUACGCCGCUCUAUCAGCAGCACACAAAUCAUUGCUACGAUAUGCGCAGCUAUCAUCAUCCCCAGUUUGGCAAUAUGUCGGUGCGACAUUAUCAAUAUCCUGGCAGAAAUUGCAAUGGUCCAACACAUACCAAUGCUGCAAAUUCCGCGGCACAUGCAUAUCGCGGCGGCGGUAACAGCAGCACAAGAACAAUAGUUGGCGUUACAACUGCAGCGUCUUCAAUGUCCACUAUGCAACAUCUCGAUCAAAUGCCAUAUCGACAACAACAUGCCUUCAGCCACUGCACCACUGGCCCUGCUCAGUCGAAUGAGUCGAUCAUGGGCGGCUCUGCACCCAUUUCCACCAAUACCACAAACACCGCUAGCUACGCAGUGGCUAACACAGCGCAUCGCUAUAGCUCCGCCGCCAUAAAUAUGCGCGCCAGCAAUAUGACUGUGGAUACGGGUGGCGGUGACGCCCAACUGUUGCCCUCACAUCUGAAGUGCGGCAUGUGCGCUUCGUUGGUGCUGGCUUCCGUAUUUGUAGCAGGCGCUAAAUUUUAUUUUGACCAUCAGGGCACCGGCUUGGAGGUGUUGAUCUUCUGCGCUUUCUCCGCCACAUUCUUUUUAGCCGCUUGCACUGUUUCACUCUGCCGCGUACCGAAAGGCCUACUCCCGAGUGGUCGCAAUGCUGUGCUCGGCGCGCAACAGCGCACUGAUGCUGAUAGUGGUAUGCAUUGUACGCGUGCUCCCUACGGCAGACGUGAUAUCAUGAACAGUGAUGGAACUGGUGGCGGUGAUUUGGGCGGUUUGGAUGACAUACAUGGCGCACCGUUAUGCGGUCAACUGCAAUUGAUUGAGGACUCGGCAAGUGCUGGACCACCACCAUAUCAUAUAGCAAUCUACUUUCCGGAGACAGAGAACAGUGGCAAGGGGAAAGAGGCACCGAUCGAUGAUGAAUCACCGCCGCCGUCCUAUGAUAAGAUACUUAUCUAAAUUUAAAGAGUGAUGUAUAGAAGAGAGAUGAUUUUUACUAUGGCGAAAGCCUAUUAAUAAUCUGAUGUCAAUGAUAUGACAGAAAUCAAUCAAUCUUCAUUAUCUCAUAUUGAACAUUUUGUAUAUGUACAUACAUACAUAUGUAUGUAUAAGUUAUAUCUUCCCAUGACACAUGUCUUCCUUUUACGAGUUUUUAGGAUUAAACUUUAGUAAUCAUAUUUUUAUAUUUUUUUGAAUACAUUCAUUCAUAUACAUACAUAUGUACAUACAUAUAUGCAACGUUUCAUUGCCUGCUUUAAAAGCAGUAAUGUAAGCUGGACUUGGAUUUCGUCACGGUUCUUGAGUGUAACUUUACAUGAUUCCACGACUAUGAAGAAGUUUUGACAAAACUUUACCAUAAGGUUGGUCUAAUACUCUAAGAUGAUUCAAUUGAAAACAUUCUUGAGUUUGUCUUAUAAAUAGUCCGUGUUCUUCGUUCGUACAGAAACGGCCAAAAUAAAGUAGGGAAGCCUUUGCGGCAAAGUUACAGUAUUAUUUUUCAUUGCAUUAGAUUUUUGAGUAGAUUAAAAAAAAAUCGACUACAACGCCCAAAAAAAUGCGUUUUCUAAUAGCGACCACAGCAGGGCAGGAAUGGCAAUUCUACGAGUAUUUUUCUGGCAUGAAAUGACUUCUCAUAAAAACCGUCAGCCGUUCGGAGCUGGCGUAAAACUAUGGACCCCGCGAUUUAUGUGAUAUCUUCAAGACACGCUCCACAAAUUUGAGGGCAAGCUCGGCCAAACAUACAACAAAAAUAUCUGAGUGAAAAAUGCACAAUACGCAAAACGCAAUACGUGUGCAGAAAACAGCACUCAUACUAUUUGCCGUUCAUUGUACUGCUUUCGUGUGCCUUUCGUGUAUGCUGUAAAUCUGUGUGAUUUACGAAUAAACUUAAGCAGAUUGCUGGGUGUCAAAGAGCUCAGCUGUCCGUCUCGCAACACAUCGCGGCCGAAUGUCUCAUACCUCAAUUCUUGCAAGGCGGGGCAGAAGCACAAAAGGUCUUCAAGGCAGGAUGGGCAAAUGUAGUUCUAAUGUAUUGUCAGCAGUCCGAACAAUUGUCUCCAAUCCCGUCUGCUCAGUGUGAGAUCAAGGAAUUAAAUAGGACGUCUGAGAUUGAAGGCAACAUGCAUUUGGCACAUCUCCAGCCCGCCAAUGCCUCCCAGUAAUCGCUGAGCGAAGUAUUCAACCAGCUUCCGAUACUGGCUUCGAUGCAAUCACUGGUUGUAGACGGCGGAAUGAAUGGUCUGAGCUAAUUCUGGUCAAAUGAUCAGAUAUUCCAUUGCCAGGUACUCCCGAGUAACCUGGCACCCAGAGUAAAGCAUACUCGUUAUGUUUACCAACCAGCCUUCGUUCCAACCGUAUUGCAUUGAUAACUCAUAGCAAUUUUAUUUGCUAUGGCUAACAAUAUAGACGGACAUGCAAAUUUUAACUGAGAUAAGGCUGGACAUUUCUAGUCGAAUUUUUGGAUCACUGAAUUCGCAUCUGAACUCAGAAUUGCUCUAUCAUAGGUUUUUCAAAUAUCCUAACCUAGUUAGUUAGUUAGUUAGUUAGUUCAUUUUCUGGGCGUAAAAGAGAUUUUGUAUCUCUUUAAAGGAGUCCAUAAUCCAAUGUGGCCAAGAUACCUUCGGCUUCGCUAAUGAAUCCUAAAAGGGCCUUGGUAGACGAAUUCCUAAUAACAAAGGGUUCGACCAUCGAAGAUUUAAAAUAAAUCAAUCUUUGUCUGGCUAAAGCCGAAAAGUGACAGAAAACAUGCUCCGAAGUUUCAUCAGCCUCGAGGCAGAGCCGGCAUUCCUAACCUGCAGCUGAGAAAUUUUAUUUUGAAAUUUUCAAAUAUUUUUCGAAAGGCUCUAAGAAAGGGGCAAUGGUGAAAUUACUUUAAUGCGAAAUCCUCGUUAAAAAAAGAUCUUUCGAGCAUGUGAUAGAGAAAGAUAUAUCCUCGAAAAAAACCUAAUAUGACAGAGUAGUUCUGACUUGAGACUCGAAUUCAGCGACUUAAUCUCUGUUAGAAAUGGCUAGCCCUAUCUCAGAAAAAAUCAAAGGUUGAAAAUUUGUUGAGUAGUGUUACCAAAUAAAAUUUUGUGGACAUUUGGCACUUUUUAUAUUCAACCGGCUGUCUUCACAUGCUUGAAAAUCUAGCUUGCGUUCUGCUCUUUUUUCUCGCAAGCGAGAUAGAAUUUUUUAUGAUUUUUGUGUCAUGGAAUUUUGUGGCCAGGGCAAUUUGGUAGCAUACUUUUUCAUUUGUAAAAUGUCGUCAAAUAAGAAGGUUCGAGCUUUUCAGGCCAAAUUUGUAUAUUCUACCAAAAUAAACGAUGUUUCCACUCUGAAGAAUUUUGCGAAAUGAGCAAAUACCUGCCAGAUAACAAAAAUUAUAGUUGAAAGCAUGCGAGGAGAACUCGCAAACCGCUCGGUAUGCUUCGUACUUUUUGCGGUCUACAUGUGCGGGAUCUCGCAUGCGUCAUCACGCAAGCGCGAUUUUCCAGCACGUGAAGAUGGCCGGUAACGCAAUAGCUCUCCAGGAAUAGAAUUUUAAAAGUGGAAUAGUAUUUUAAAAACAAAUCAUUCACGCCUUUAGUUGGUGGAUCAAUGGAUUUGAAUUAUAAAAUGUUUAAUGGAAGCUGAGAAUUAAUUUGUUUAAUAUCGAAAAUUGCUAUAGGCAGAUAAAGUAUAUCUAAGUCUUGUUUUUUUUUUUUAAAUUUUGAUAGAAGUGAACAAAGCUUGAUAACUUUGAUUCAAAGCACAUCUCUCUCUCUCUCUACUAACUCUCUAAAAUCUCUGUAUGUAUGUAUGAACGUACGCUCAAUAUUUUUUAUACACACUUUUUUAUUCAAACUAAACUUCUACACAAUAAUAGUAAUCAACAAAUAAUAUUAAGAUAUAAUCAUGUUGUACACAUAGUUGAUAAGUUGCUAAUUGCACUUUAACUAAAAAAAAAAAUAUAUUAAUAAAUUUAUAAACUAUUUAUAAACUAUCAAUGUUAGUUGGUAUGCUUGUAAAAAUAAAAAGUACGUGCAUAUAAUAAGUAUAUAGCGUUAAGCUUAAAUUAUAUCGAAAAAGUGUAGUUAAGGUAAUGCAAAACAUCACAGAAAUGCGUACUUUAUCAAUUACAAUAAACAUAGAUGUGUAUGUGUAUACAUACAUAUUUACAUAAAGUAAUACAUACGUCUGUAGAUACAUAGUAUGCAUAAGCAAAAAUAAAAAUGCCAAAAACACAAUAAACCUAAAUCAUUAUACAUAUGUAAUUACUAAAUACAUACAUACAUACAAAUUUGCUAAAAACGAGAAAAUUUCUUCUACUAAUUUUUAAGAAACAAAAAUGUGUAAGCAUAGCUUUAAGCGAGAUAUUGGAAACAAAACAGACAAUUAUACAAUACAUAUGCAUUAUAAAUGAAUACUGCGAUUGGUAAUUUUCUAUAGUUUGACCAAAACCUGUCAUUUGGUUCUGUGAUACGAUAUUUACGAGUAAAAAAGCCAUAACCUUUCUAAUUACACACAAUUAAAUAAGAAUAUAUGUAUCCCACUACACUUUUGUAGACAAGCUCCAAAAUAAAUAUAAAUAUUGGAUAAAUGUGUAUAUAUAAACAUACACACAUAUGUAUGUACUUACAUAUGUAGAUCAUAAAGACAUACUUCAGGAUAUGUUUAAAUACAGUCUUCAGAUCUAAGUUGAAGCAUACAAAUAAGCAGAUCAGCGCACAGUGAGAUAACGUAUGCACAUAUGUACAUACAUAGUUACAUACAAACAUACAUAUUUUAUCUAUAAGUAAAACAUAUGUACAUAGUUUAUAAGUUAUGUAUAUGGUUUGGAGAAUGCGUAAGAAGUUUUCAGGAAAAGUUAUUGAAAUACAUCCGUAUGAUCAGGCGAUCAGGCGUAUGCAUGCAUACACUUAUUAUAUGUUCUUACGCACAUACAUACAUAGAUAUUUAUUUAUUUAUAUAUAUAUAUAUAUAUAUGUAUGUAUGUUGGUAAGAAACUAUUUUAGAAGUGUGGUAAA